AUGGCAUCACAAAAGCUCCUUUCGUUGCUCCUCAUCGGAAUCUUCUGCCUGGCUCUGGUCAAUAAAUCCAACGCUGAGUGCUGCACUUCCAAGGAGGAAGUGAUCUACAGGACUUCCAACGGAAAUUGCGAGGAUGUCGGAGGAAUUGAUGUAGGUUCGAACAUCUGCCAAGUCUACAUCUGCCCGGACGGGUUCCCUCUGGUGGGAACAUAUUGCGGUAAAGGUUCUUGCAACAUUUUCGGCUGCAACUGCGAUGGCGGAUGUCUGAUUGGCGACUGGAGCCGGAGCUUCGUGCAAAACUACCAGGAAUACGGAAUCUCAGUUCUUCGAGCUACCAGAACCCCAUUAUAA